UCUCGCGUGCUCCACCUCCACCCACCCACCCACCACCUCCUCCCCCAUCACUGGAGGGGUCAUCGCUCAUGGCGGACAGCGGAGUGAACGCGUCGCGAGCGGAAGUCGGUCCAAGGCAGGAGGCAGUUGCCGGUGGAGUGAAGAGGAAUGCUCGAGAUUCAGACGAGGAGGAUGGCGCCACUGCUGCUAAGCGUGGACCGGGGCUUGGCAGCGUAGUCGCCACUCACUACAAUCAGCUCCAGGAGGUGGGGCGAGAUGCGCGGAGCCACAGCCGCAUCCUCUACAUGCGCAACUUCAACAAUUGGCUCAAGAGCGUGCUCAUCAACGAGUUUGUGCAGAAGGUGCGGGCGGACGGGCGCGGCGGGGCGCUGUCCGUUCUCGACCUCGGCUGCGGCAAGGGAGGGGACAUGCUCAAGUGGCGUCGUGCCUCCAUCGGCCACCUCGUCUGCGCAGACAUCGCUGCGACGUCAGUGGAUCAGUGCCGGCAGCGGUACAACGACAUGCGGGGACGCGGCGGAGGAGGCCCCAUCUUCUCCGCCGAGUUCAUCGCUGCCGACUGCAGCAAGGAGCUCCUGUCGGACCGCUUUGAGGACCGCUCACGCACCUUCGACCUCGUGAGCUGCCAGUUCGUGUACCACUACUCGAUGGAGAGCCAAGCGCAGGCAGACACGAUGCUGCGCAACGCCUGCGAGCGUCUGAAACCGGGAGGCAUCUUCUUCGGGACGACGCCGGAUGCCCGGGAACUCGUGAAGCGUCUGAUGAAGGCGGAGGGGCUGUCAUUCGGUAACGAGGUGUACUCGGUCCGCUUCCCCGACAAGACCUCGUUCCCCCUCUUCGGGUGCAAGUACGACUUCCACCUGGAGGGCGUCGUGGACUGCCCCGAGUUCCUCGUCUACUUCCCUCUCCUGCAGGAGAUGGCCAAGAAGCACGGCAUGAAGCUGCUGAUGAACAAGACGUUCGCCGAAUACUUCCGGCAAAAGAGCCAGGAGAAGGAGCACAGGAUACUGAUGGAGAGAAUGCAGGCGAUGGAGGCGUACCCACCAGGGCCAGGCUCAAGUCUGGUGAGCGGCAACCUUGAGGACUACGAGCACGUGAAAACCAGCCUGCAGGAGAGCAACCAGCCCCACGGCAACGUGGGAACGAUGACCAAGUCGGAAUGGGAAGCCACAAGCCUCUACUUGGCCUUUGCCUUCGUCAAGGAGAAGUAAGCAGACCAGGAAGCCGGUGGCAUCCGCCUCUAACCCUGAGGUGGCGAAGCAGUGCGCAGUGCAGGCUGUUCGGCCUGUGCGGUGUAAAGAUGUACGCACGACAACAACAACCGCCGUUCGCCACGAAGGGGCGGUGACGUCACCGCGGCGAUUGUGCCGUGCUAGGUGCACGCACACACGCACACACGGUACCACCACUCGCUAGGUGUCUGGAUAGACGUCUACAACACUCGCAAACACGCACACUUAGAACAAAGAUCCCUCUUGUACUCUUAGGUUUUUUCGGUAAAGUCACGUAGGUAAAAAUAAAUCAUAAAAAUAAUAGAAAUACAAUUUUAAUAAUUAUAAUAAUACUUAUUUUAUUUCUAUUGUUAUUUUUAUUUAAUAUUAUUUCUUUUUUACCUACGUGACUUUACCGAAAAAACCUAAGAGUAUGAAUCCUUGCAGUCACGAAAGCUUCAAAUCUAGAAAUCCCUCUUGUAGCCAUACAGACUUGGGGCGAGUGCCGUCAGCGUGCACACAUUUAGAAUCUUGCACGGUACACGAGGGGGUGAUGCGGGCUGAACCACAUCCCGGCCGCCUUUGUCUCUCCUGUGCUUACGUUUAUUGCGCACUGUGCCAGGAUCUCAUUUAAGGUUGAGUCGAUCUAACACUUACCACUGAUGUUAGCCGUGGCCAGGUAUCGAACUCGGCUCACCGGCCUUGUCGUGCUGCCGGGGAAUCACUGACACACACACAAAGUUGGUAAAUACAUGGUGAUCCAUUUAUAGAUGCCCCACUCAAAUAAUAGGGAGAAAAUAACAUUGUAAUUCAGAGCCUAUACAUUUCCUCCCACCAACCUCAAAGCACCUGCUAUAUGUAAAUCGGUUAACAUGCUCCGGACGCGCUCUAUCCUACACAACGGGUCUGUGGUUUAUUUUUUUAUUUUUACAAAGCUUUUGACAGGGCCAUCGGAAAUCGGUGGGAUGUCUGUAAAUGGAUCGCCGUGUAUCUUCCAACUGUAACCGGCAGACAAUCCGAAGGGUGCCCUCCACUGCGUCCUGUGCUGUGUCUUACGUUCAGAUAAAUGAAUGCUCGUGAAACAUCACCGCAGUAAUCAUUGACUACUUCCUUGUAACAUUGAUUACUGACGACAUUUUGCAGAAAUUAUGAACGGACACCAAUCACCGGUUUGAUGCACAUCCUAAUGAUCAUUCUCUUGGCUUACAACCGUAAAGAAAAAACAAUGUAACUGAUAUUGGCCAAAAACUACCCCAGGUAAGGCCCACUGAGUUGUGUAGCUCUUUUUAUCAGACGCAACCUGCCCACAAAUGAUAGCGCCAAAGAAGUGACGUCAUUUUGAAAUUCAUGGCAACCAAAUACUCGAAAAGGCAUGUUUCUAAAUGUGGAGGGGAAAACGGGAGGACGCGGAGAAAAAUCCACGCGACCACGGAGAGAAGGUGCAAAUUACAAAUAUGCAGGUGUCAGGGUCGGGAUGAAACCCACAACCUCCUGUAUACGGGCAAGGGAGUUAACAUCUCGCCACCGUGACGCUCAUCUGGGACUUAUAUCUUCACCACAUCCGCCCCCGCCCCUACUCCGACAAACUUGGCAGGACCCUCCAGACAAAAAAAAGAGUCUUGAGACACUGCGAGUCUUUCCUGGUUAAAGCAGUGUCAGAGCAGUAAUAAUGACAACAGGUUUAUGGUUGUAGCUUUGGACGCAUUUUUUUUCUCCGCAUUUUUGUUAUUUGGGCCCACCAAAAAAAAUGUCCAGACCGCGCAUGUCCAUUUGGUUUCAUUUGUUGCGUAGGGUCACCCUCUUUCGCGCCGUACGUAGCCAACCACACAGCCAACCACACAGCCAACCGUCGACCGUCCAGGUGUCCGUCGCUCUCGGCCUCGCGCUAAACACGCACGGGCCCAGCAACUCGCUUGCGGGUGGAGUGGUGGCGCAGCGAUUGACGCAACGCGCCAUCAAACCCCCAUCGAACCCAGUUCCAUUCCCGGCCACGGCUAACAUCAGUGACGAGCGAAAUCUGAAGCGGGGCUGCUGUGGCCCAUCCAGCCCCGCCUUUUCAAACCUGCGUCGACCAGCGUGUGGUGAAGUAGUCAAACGACCCCCUGCUCCCCCCCGUCCCCCCUUACACGUACGACACGGAGCAGGGCGGCCUUCAUCCAGCAGUUGAUUGACAAGGGCACAGCAGAAAUAAUGCCUCCGUUGUUACAAGGCAGUGUUGCGAGUGGUGGCACUCCCGUGACCUUGCGUCUGUGCGGACCAGAGGUCGCAACCGAGUACCCGAUACCCUACCCGAUACCCGGCUACCCGUACCCGGCCAGGUACGGGUACCCGUUUGCGACCCUGGUGUGGCUGGGUAUGGGUAGGCCGUGAGUCACUGGUGAGUAACUAUUUGUCACUCAUUUCCCAACGUCUUGUCUCUUCUCACAAUUCAAGUUCCUAGAAUCAACCCACCCGCGCCUGCAACAUGGCUUCAUCCCAGAGGUCGCAAUCGGGUACCCGAUACCCGUACCCUACCCGUACCCGGCCGGAUACGGGUACCCGUUUGCGACCCUGGUGCGGCCGGGUACGGGUAAGGAAUCAAAACCCGUUUGCGACCUCUGGUGUGGACCUUUGUGCCAACGCGAGGGAAUGGUUGCGCUUUCAGACGACACGCCGCAAACCGCUUUACACUCUCCUGGUCGUGUCUUCGCGUCGCAUGCGCGCGUCUGGCGGUCGAGGCGACGUUUCGCUGCACGUGUCGGGUAGCUUUCGUCAGCGACUGCUGCCAGUCCAGCACGUGGGAGCGAAAACGUCGUCGGAACGCGGUGUUGAACGACGCAGCAGCAGCACGACCGCGCAAUAACCUAAUCGGUGUGGCCACGCGGCUUUUCUCAGUUUUCGGGCAGAUGGUUCGGAAUUUUGAUUGAGCAAAGGUUGUUUUAGUGUUUAUCUUGUUUAGCAGACGUUUUGCUUUGUCAUCAUUUCCCGGAUUGCUUGGUUCAUCUCGUACGUACGGGAAAUAUUUUGCUCGUACUGAAAAUCAGUUUUAAGUUUGUACUUUUAUUCUCCGACUUGUGAGAGGGUCAGUAUUUUACUUUCGAUUGUCGCAACGAACGAACGUUUACCUGUCUUUCAUACGAAAAACCGUGAAUAUUACGUUUUGUAAAUUUCGUAAUGACGGAACUCUGUAGUUAAGCGCUCGGCGUGCGUGUAGAUAACGUCUUAUUUUCGUCUUCAUUUUAUUGCUUUGUCCCAUUUUCGCAGACCAGUAUUUAGGAAUUAUAGGCAUCCAAAAAGGUCAUUUGCUGUUGUUCCAUGAUCUGUGUGUUCCUUGCUCGCAUACCUCUUUUCCACUGCACAACCGAACCCCACCGGGGCCGUGCCGUUGCCAGGCCUGCGUGGCUCAGAGGCACCAGGUUGUUCUUCCACCACACAACCGAACCGAGCCAGGGCUGUGUCGAGCCAGCCCAGCCCGGCGCGGGUCAGGAAGCGCCAGGUUGUUUUUCCACUACCGAACCGAGCCAGGGCCGUGCCAUGCCGGCCCUGGCGUGGCUCAGGAGGCGCCAGGCUCGUUUCCGACUGCAGAAGCAGUGCCGAGCCGUGCCCUGGAUGUCACGCUCAACGAACGAUUCAACGAUGCACGUAGAUAAUACAGUGACAGCGUCCUCACAAUACCGACUGACGUCACGCAAAAUUACCCUGUCUGGCUCGGUAAUGACAUUGCCAGUGGAAAACCGCGACUCCGACACUGGCCCGGCUCUGAUGUGCAAGUGGAUAAAAGUAGUAGCCAGCGUAAUUCCAAGCAUGCAAUUCCAUAUAUUAACACAAACGCAAACACGAGGGUGACAUGACCCAUAUAACCCGAAGUGCGCCCAGUUUCAUCUGAUCUCGUAAGCUGAGCAAGCUGGGGAUACCUGGGCAGUGCUGAAAAAUGUCAUGACCAGCAUGCACCAAAAGCAGGUGUUGGUGGGACGGCAGAUGGCAUUGCAGUAUAAUCCACUGCAGUACUCUUGCAGUACUCUGACACGGGCGGCAGCUGACACAGUGGGGCAUCUUCUUGGUUCUUUCGGUAAAGUCACGUAGAAGGGAAAUAAUAAAUAAUAAAAAUAAAAUCAUUCUCACGAUGUUUCGACCACAACGCAAGCGGCCGUCCUCAGGUGAAGAACAGAUCUGUCGGAAAGACAGCGUCUGAAUGAACACCACCAGGCUUGGCAGCGUAUAUUUAAGCUGGGUUGGAGGACGGCUGCUUGCGUUGUGGCCAAAACGUCGUGAGAAUGAUUUUAUUUUAUUUUUAAAUCCUUUAUAUUAAGUUCACUUGCUUGCUUGCACGCUUACGACCGUGCAAAUCUUUCGGUCGUUUUUUAACCCACUUCCCGUGAUCCAAUCGAGCUGACAUUUUGCACACAGACUCGUUGUGCGUGACAAUGUAUUUUCGUGAAAAAAAAUUUCCUAAAUUUUACACUUUUUAGGAAAAAAUAAAUUAUAUUUAAUUACCAAUUGCUUAAUGGUGGCAGACAAUCAUCUGACCCAUAGGUGGCAGCCAUCUCAAGCCAGAGGACGAGAGGACUCUCGCACGCAUAUAAAGGAUUUAUAGUGAAAAACUUUGUUUUUACGGGUUAAUUUUUUAUUAUUAUUUCCCUUCUACUUGACUUUACCGAAAGAACCAAGAAGAUGAAUCCCUGCAGUCACGAAAGCUGUAAAUCGAAACAGUGGGGCAUGUUCUGAAAUCACCGCCCCCAACCCUCGCCCCGUUCCGGCCAGCAGUGCGAGGUGGGUUGCAGCCACACGGCUUCGUCGAUCGGGCAGAUCGCAUGCGGUGUGGGCAAAGUGCUGGUCUCCCUUGCCGCCUCUGCCAUUGUAGAAGAGCAGGCCGCAUACCGUCAUCCUAAAGCGGCUGUCGCAUGGAGGCGCCUCCUGCCAGCAGUGUCAGAGGCACGGCGAUCCAGCUGCUGGACGAGUGGCCUCCGUGCGUGGUAGCAGGGCUGCAACUUUGCAUCCGGGAGGAGGGCGUUUGAGUGACACCAAAAUAAAAACGGGAGAGAUUG